AUCCACAGAACGGACUUGGAGGGGAAUUUCUGAGCAGAGAAAGUGAAAGUUCCGGGCCAUAAAUGGGUGGCAGUGGCAGCUUCCUCCAGCUUCAUCCACUCUCACGUUCCCAGACCCCUUCACACCCCGCACUUCCCAGCACUCUCACCCGCUCCCAGCCAGGCCUCGGCUUCACACAGACUCUGCCCAGAUUCACUCACGCUCACAGCUUGCUGGCCGUCAGUCUCCGCUCAUCUUCCAUGGCACCCCAUGCAGCUGCACUACUAGCCCUCAGCCUGCUGAUUCUCUGGACCUCCCCUGCUCUGGGAGAUGCCAACGACGCUGAAGACUGCUGCCUGUCUGUGGCCCAGCGCCCCAUCCCUGGAUUCCUGGUGCGAGCCUAUCGCUACCUGCUCAUCAGCAAUGGCUGCAGGGUGCCUGCCGUUGUGUUCACCACGCUGAGAGGUCACCAGCUCUGUGCACCCCCAGACCAGCCCUGGGUGGGCCGCAUCAUCCGGAGACUGCAGAAGAACUCAGCCAAGGCAAGCCUGGCCCUCCCCAGCCCCGCCUCCUCCCUCCAAGCCCCUGCCCAAGACCCCAGCCCAUGA